UCUCUCUCGGCUCUACUGCUGCGCUCUCGUGCCGCGCGCUCUCUUCUCUUUCUCUCUCCAUCCCGCGCGCGUCCACCUCCACCUGUCCUGUCCAGACUCGAGGGGUCGAGGUGGAGGCAUGUAGCACCGGAUUCACCGGAUUCACCGCGCUGAGCAGCAUGUAGCACCUGGAGCAGCGCGCACAUCGCCUCCCUCCUGCGCUCCUCCUGCGCUCCUCUUCCUCCUCCUCUCUCCCUCCUGGACCCGGAGCGCCUGGUUCUCCUCGGAACCAUCUCCUGCACCAGGAAUCUGUGUGGAUUUAAUUGUGGGGGGUGGGUGGGGGGCUUUUAUUUCUUUUAGAGGAGGUCUCCUGUGUGUGUGUGUGUGUGUGUGUGUCCCCGCCGCUCUGCACCUCUCGGUCGAUGGUCGUUGAGGAAGCUUCCAUCUUGAGUCCCGUGAAUACCGACAGAACCAUGGCGAGCGACUCCCCAGCGCGGAGUCUGGACGAGAUAGACCUGUCUGCACUACGGGACCCGGCUGGUAUCUUCGAGCUGGUUGAACUGGUUGGAAAUGGCACCUAUGGGCAGGUCUACAAGGGUCGCCAUGUCAAAACAGGUCAGCUCGCUGCUAUCAAGGUCAUGGACGUCACAGGAGAUGAGGAGGAGGAGAUUAAAGCAGAGAUCAACAUGUUGAAGAAGUACAGCCACCACAGGAACAUUGCAACAUACUACGGAGCGUUCAUCAAGAAGAAUCCUCCGGGGAUGGACGACCAGCUCUGGCUGGUGAUGGAGUUCUGCGGCGCUGGCUCUGUAACAGAUCUGAUCAAGAACACCAAAGGGAACUCUCUGAAGGAGGAGUGGAUCGCCUACAUCUGCAGAGAGAUCCUCCGGGGUCUGACCCAUCUCCACCAGCAUAAGGUCAUCCACAGAGAUAUUAAAGGCCAGAACGUGCUGCUGACGGAGAACGCAGAGGUUAAACUGGUGGACUUUGGUGUGAGCGCUCAGCUGGACCGCACAGUCGGGCGGAGGAACACGUUCAUCGGGACGCCGUACUGGAUGGCUCCAGAGGUCAUCGCCUGUGACGAGAACCCCGACGCCACAUAUGACUUCAAGAGUGAUCUGUGGUCGCUCGGUAUCACAGCCAUCGAGAUGGCAGAGGGAGCACCACCGCUGUGUGACAUGCACCCAAUGAGAGCGCUCUUCCUCAUCCCCAGAAAUCCUGCCCCCAGACUCAAGUCAAAGAAGUGGUCCAAGAAGUUCCAGUCCUUCAUAGAGAGCUGUCUGGUGAAGAGUCACAGUCAGAGGCCGAGCACCGAGCAGCUCCUCAAACACCCGUUCAUCAGGGACCUCCCCAACGAGCGGCAGGUCCGCAUUCAGCUGAAGGACCACAUCGACCGCACCAAGAAGAGGAGGGGGGAGAGGGAUGAGACCGAGUACGAGUACAGCGGCAGUGAGGAAGAGGAUGAAGAGAGGGACAUCGGAGAGCCCAGUUCCAUCAUCAACAUCCCCGGAGAGUCCACCCUGAGGCGGGACUUCCUGCGGCUCCAGCUGGCCAACAAGGAGCGGUCGGAGCUGAUCCGGCGUCAGCAGCUGGAGCAGCAGCAGAACGAGGAACACAAGCGCCAACUACUGGCCGAGAGACAGAAACGCAUCGAGGAGCAGAAAGAGCAGAGGAGACGGCUGGAGGAGCAACAGCGAAGGGAGCGAGAGAUGAGGAAGCAGCAGGAGCGAGAGCAGAGGAGGAGGUACGAAGAGAUGGAGCAGAUCCGCAGAGAAGAGGAGAGGAGGCACGCGGAGAGGGAACAGGAGUAUAUCCGUAGACAGCUGGAGGAGGAGCAGAGGCAGCUGGAGAUCCUGCAGCAGCAGCUCCUGCAGGAGCAGGCCUUACUGCUGGAGUACAAGAGGAAGCAGAUCGAGGAGCAGCGUCAGGCCGAGCGGCUGCAGAGGCAGCUGCAGCAGGAGCGAGCGUACCUGGUGUCCCUGCAGCAGCAGCAGCAGCAGGAUUCAACGCGACCGCCGCAGGACAAGAAGCAGCUGUACCACUACAAAGACCAGGCACCCGGGACCAACGACAAACCCACCUGGGCUAAAGAGGUGAUGCGGAGAGCUCAGAGCAACUCUCCUCGUAUCCCUCCAAAGAAAUAUCACUCCUUCAGGGAGCCCCGAAACGUCAACCUCGACACCCUCCUCUUACUGCCCGGUUACAAACCUCGUCGCCCCCGGCCCCGCCCCCCUUCCUACCCCGCUCAUGUCAGCCCCUCCAGAGAUCACCUUGUGCCUCGGAUCCGGGUCACCUGCGUCCCUAACCCACCCUCCCACUCCUCUACGCCAGUGAUGCGCCGCAGGAGUCCCAACAGGAGCCCGUCCAGGGGGCGGAGCCCCGGGCGCCGGGUGGACGAGCAUUAUAAGAUGAACAGACAGACUUCUCCUGCGUUGCAGCAUAAAGUCUCAAACCGGAUCUCGGACCCGUCUCUGCCGCCGCGCUCCGAGUCGUUCAGCAGUGGAGGAAUCCAGCAGGCCCGGACGCCGCCCAUGCAUCGCUCUGUAGAGCCACAGAUGGCCCACCUGGUACAGGUGAAGAGUCACGGUCUGUCAGGCUCCCAGUCUCUGUACGACCCUCACGGCGUCUCCUCCUCCUCCUCGGCGUCGCCCUCCCCCUCCCGGCCUCCCAUGCCCCGGCAGAACUCUGACCCCACCUCCGACACCCCUCCUCCCCCGCCCCUCUCCCGCCUGGCGCCCCCCCUCGACAAGCUGGACCGCAGCUCGUGGCUGCGGCAAGACGACGACAUGCCCCCCAAGGUCCCUCAGAGGACGACCUCCAUCUCUCCUGCUUUAGUCAGGAAGCACUCUCCUGGAAAUGGACCCGGCCUGGGACCCCGGGCUGGAGCUCACCUUAUACGGGCCAGCAACCCCGACCUGCGGAGGACGGACGUUUCCAUGGAGACGCCCCUGAAGAGGACAAGCAGCGGCAGCUCCUCCAGCUCCAGCACCCCGAGCUCCCAGGGAGGCUCCAAUGAGCGAGGUAAUUCAGGCAUUAAGACCGAAGGCUCGUCAGUUUCUUCCCACGAGACCAAAGAUGACGGCAGAGAGGUGACACGACCCAGCAGGCCUGCAAGCUAUAAGAAAGCUGUAGACGAGGAUCUGACGGCUCUGGCCAAAGAGCUGAGGGAGCUGCGACAGGGUGAGGAAACCAGCCGCCCGCCCGUCAAAGUGACGGACUACUCAUCGUCCAGCGAGGACUCUCACAGCAGCGAGGACGAGGAGGGAGAGGGCGGGGCUAGUGACGGCACGGUGGCUGUCAGUGAUAUACCACGUAUCAUGCCGGCUGCGAGUCAAGGUCCCAACGAGGCCUUCGGCAUGAUGGGAGGACACAACGACUCCCACGACGACUCGUACGCAAACAGCUCCAAGGACAGCACCCUGAUGAUGCGUGAGUACGGGAUGGGAGGCAGCGGAGGCUCCAAGUCUUCCUUCACGCCGUUUGUUGACCCGAGGGUGUACGGGACCUCGCCAACAGAUGACGAUGAUAUCUCUGCGUCAGCACUGUUUGCAGAUGAGCUGAUGAAGCAGGAGCAAGAGCAGGCAAGGCUCAACGAGGCCAGGAAGAUCUCUGUCGUCAACGUGAACCCGACCAACAUCAGACCUCACAGCGACACGCCCGAGAUCCGCAAAUACAAGAAACGCUUCAACUCUGAGAUCCUCUGCGCCGCUCUCUGGGGGGUGAACCUGCUGGUGGGGACGGAGAACGGUCUGAUGUUGCUGGAUCGAAGCGGACAAGGAAAAGUUUAUAACUUGAUAAAUCGACGGCGCUUCCAACAGAUGGACGUCCUGGAGGGACUCAACGUCCUGGUCACCAUCUCAGGGAAGAAGAACAAGCUGCGUGUUUACUACCUGUCUUGGCUGAGGAACAGGAUAUUACACAACGACCCUGAGGUGGAAAAGAAGCAGGGCUGGAUCACUGUCGGGGAGCUGGAGGGCUGUGUGCAUUAUAAAGUCGUAAAGUACGAGAGGAUCAAAUUUUUGGUGAUUGCUCUGAAGAACUCGGUGGAGAUCUACGCCUGGGCGCCUAAACCAUACCACAAGUUUAUGGCCUUCAAGUCGUUCACCGACCUGCAGCAUCGCCCCCUGCUGGUCGACCUGACUGUGGAAGAGGGACAGAGGUUAAAGGUCAUCUACGGCUCCAGUGUCGGCUUCCAUGUCAUCGACGUGGACUCUGGCAACCCUUACGACAUCUACAUCCCCUCACAUAUUCAGGGUCAGGUGACCCCGCACGCCAUCGUGGUUCUGCCCAAGACGGACGGCAUGGAGAUGCUGCUGUGCUACGAGGACGAAGGCGUCUACGUCAACACCUACGGACGCAUCACCAAAGACGUGGUGCUGCAGUGGGGCGAGAUGCCCACCUCCGUCGCCUACAUCCACUCCAACCAGAUCAUGGGCUGGGGAGAGAAGGCCAUCGAGAUCCGCUCCGUGGAAACGGGACACCUCGACGGAGUUUUCAUGCACAAGCGAGCUCAGCGACUGAAGUUCCUGUCGGAGAGGAACGACAAGGUUUUCUUCGCCUCUGUUCGCUCCGGAGGAAGCAGCCAAGUCUUCUUCAUGACCCUCAACAGAAGCUCCAUGAUGAACUGGUAACCCUUCUCCUCCACCCACAACCCUCCUCUUCUUCACUCUGAGCAUCGCCCGACAUCAGGAGGGAGGGACGGCGGGAUGACGGGAUGUGGACAGCGUUUUUGUGUGUGUUUACGAUGUGUGUAUGUCGGAGGAAAACAAGCUGCUGAAAAAGACUUUUGAGUCCCUGGAGGUGGAGUCUUAGACCCUAAGAGUGUGUCCCCUCCUCCAACUAUAGGGGGCGCCACAGGCCUCAUUGAUUGGUUACACUGCCUGCUGGACUAAAGGGGACGCCAUACAUAGUCAGUGGACGAUGCCUUCGCCUUCCAUGUGGAUUUUUCGGAUGGUUGUUCGAGAGAGUUUGGAUCCAGACUUCAGAGGACGCUGACAUCAUGCCGAGUAGCCUUUGACUUCCCCAUUUGUGUGAAUGGGAAGCUGUAGAAAAGUUCUCUGUGUAGCACAUUAUUGAUUUCUUACAGGGUGUUCACACUGCGAGUACAAUUUGUCCUUCCACUCUGCUUUUUAGUGGUGAUGCAAAAUCCACGUUUAUUGCAGCACAUCAGACUUCAUUUAGUAAGUAGUGGGUUAACAUUUGUGGUGGUUAAAAGUAGCAUCAAUGGCAGAAGAAAAGGUACAAAAAAAAGUUUAUUUUUUAAAUCCACAAUGCCCGUCUUUUCAAAAUGUUCUCUCUCUUGCUCCUGUCUCUUUAAGGCACCCCUCCCUUAAAGCCCACUUACCUCUUAUAGGCCAGCUGUUAGAGAGCAUGCCAAAGAGGGUGGAGUCUUGAUAUAGCCUCUGAUGUUGAAAAUGGAAGCGGAAGCAAAACUGCAGUACCUUGAGUGUCCACUGGGGGUUAUAACCAAAAGCAGAGGAGUCCCCAUAGAGCCCCAUGUUAAAACGCCCGCCUUCACAGCAGAAUGAAACAUGUUUACAGCCUGGUACAGGAACAGGUUUUGGUAUGUGGGUGAUUUAUUUAUUCACACACACUGCGAGGAGGGUGGAACUUUUUAUUAAGCGUCCUUUAAGAUAAUAGGAAGGGUUAGAGAUACACUAAUUAGCAUAAUUAGCGGCUGGGCUGAUCUGACCGAGAGGUGUGUUAGUCGUAGCCGUACUUCACUUUCAAAACAGUUCUCUAAAAACCAAUGAGACGAUGUUUCACAAAGUCUACGAUGUGCCAGGAUUCAAACAUUCCCCGGUGGUGACUCCUGGUAUUGCAACGGAAAUAAAUGACGAGGCGUUUUCGACACAUGGUUAAUUAUCCGCUAUUUUAAAGCUGCUAACAGACAUUGAACACAGCAAAACAAGGAACACACCCCUUUCUAUCAUGAUUCUUGAUCCAGAGAUGGUUUAUAUUUGUAGCACCUUCUUCAAACCAAAAGUGACGUGCAGUUCCAGACGUCGAAUCACAUCCUCGCUGUGUGAUUUAAACGGUAACCUGACAAUCAUGAGAGAAAUGUGUUGAAAUCUCUGGUCCAUGAUAGAGACGUGUGUCCAAAAUCGAUUGCACCGAACAUCUUAUCUGAAAUAAUGAAAACGAAGAGGCAUGCUGCAGCUAAAAGGAAAGUUCCACCAGAUCCAUGUCCCUGUCCGUCUCUAAUCCGUCACAGCACCGGAUCUGAUAGGUUUCUAUUACAGUCAAUGUGUUAACUUCCACUGGAUCCACUGCGUCUCUGAUCCGGUCAGAUGCCAGAGCACAACGCAUCAAUCUCAACAGAGCAGAUGGAGUGGGACAGGAAGUCAGGUUUCACCAAAACAAAAUGAAAACAUCCGGUUAAUUUUCAGAAUAAAACACUCUGUGUUAUCACCAGAUCGUAUUUCACUUAACUACAACAACAAACCAAAGUCAUGAUGAGCGGAGCCAGGCCUGGAGUCAACAGGUCAGAGGUUUUCAGAGGACCAGAAAGACAACAUGGAGGAGGAGAGGAGGAGGAGAAUUCUUGACUCUGGAUGUCCAGUGGUCCUGCUCGGAUCAGAGACAGAUCUGGUGGAAGUCCUGUGUCAAUGUGACCACAGUGGUGAAUACCGCAGGCCUGGUUCAUGGCUGCAGGCUGCAGGAGCUGCUUCAUACGCUGAGUCACUUUUAUCCCCCAAAUCUGUCACAAUAUCAUCAGUUUUAAAACUCCCAGAAAAGUAUGAACAGUAAUCUUUACAAACACAGCUACGCGUGGACACUCGCCAGUUUUGAGCUCUUCUAAAUCAGCCAGCAACAUGUGGAAGUCAUCCUUUAACUGGCUAAAUGUUGGUCUGUGUAGUUCUCCUCAUCUGGACCACCUCUGAUAGUGACGACCUGUUUUUUAAAACUCAUCGGAUGUUUUCUAGACUAACAUCUUGUAGCAAAAACGAAUAGAUGUCUCCUCUGCGCUGUCAGUUGUUUCCUCAUGCAACAAAAUAGGGCUACACCAGAAUCGGCUCACUGUGUAAAACUGUUCCAGACAUCCGUGUUGUUUCUUGAUCAUUACUCUAUCUGUAGGAGAUGAAUGGACCUGCUGUGAGUUGAUGACAGUGUUGCUCACAGUGUGAACACUCAUUACGAGUGCUGCUUCUGCUCAAACACCUUCUGUGUCUGUCCCCUAUUAGAAAAGAAAAAUACUACAAACAAGCGGUUAGCGGCGUCGCGGGGGAACCAGACGUUCUACACUUGUCAUUGAGGAUGCUGCACAGCUACUGCGGCCACUUUGUCCUGGUGUUCUGCUAAUAGGGGAAGGGGAGCUUGUAGAUAUUGUAUUAUUGCUGCAACAGCAACACGAAAACAAAAUCUUCACAUCGUUUCUCACAAAAAAAAAGAACUUGGCUGUAGAGUAGUUGCCAACUUCUGGAAGUUUCUACAACCACUGCCCUUUGUUCUCUCCACCUCUUCCUGUCCCUGCUGUUCUGUGUACACCACACCUGUGUAAAUACUCACUUUGAUGUUCAGGGCAGACUUUGCAGCGCAGGUGAGGAAAAAGAUUCAAAGCAGUCUGGCGUUUUUUUACCACACUUCUGUAAAAUCUGUCCGUUCUGUAGUUUCUCUCAGAUUGGAGAUUUUUUUUUUUUUGGUUGACUUGGUGAACUCCAAGUUUUUCUCCGUCACAGUCCACCUCUGUUUGUUUCGUUGUGCAUUUUUGCAUGGUGACAUACAUGUUUUACCUGUCGUCACUUGUUAUGAAUUGUACAUUUUAAGGCAAUACACUGACUGAUCUAUCUGUACAAGCCGGACGAUAAGAAACUUUGCUCACCGCGCUGAGCUGUAAAGUGAAAGUUAGCAUCGUUAUCUUAGCAUCUGGGCUUUUUCUCACAAGCUACAGCCAGAUGGGUCAAAUUUGUACACAGCGGGACCGGACCUCAGCAUCACUUUGAAUGAUGUUUUCUAUUUUUGACUGGGUUCAGUGGCGGUCCCUGGAUGUGAGGGAGAAGUGUUCAUCCUUUACUUGAUUUUCUCUUCUUUUUAGUUGGUCUUUAAGGAUGUGAUAAGUGCAAGCGAUGCCGCUUUAAAGGCCGGCUGAAGCCUUUGACAUGAGCAGGAUGUUAGCAGUAAUCAGCACCCUGUGAAUAAAGGUCAGGAGGCGGGGUCAGUUUGAGAACCAUAGAUUAAAGAUAUAUAUACUGUAAGAAUUUUCGUUAUGAUGAUAUCAUACUGAUCAUUUAAGGGAAAGACAAAAAAUAAUGUUCACUUGUUAAAGCUUAGUUGUCUUUCUACAGAAUAGAGAACAUAGCUAUAAGAAUUUCUAAAAAAAGAUACAAUGUUUUUAUCGUGGUAUUAUUUGUAUUUGUAUUUCAAUUUUUGUACGUAUCAAGACUGUGAACGUAUGUAUGGCUGUCAGCCUGUGAGUGUGUGUGAGUGUGUGUGUGUGUGUAGAUGAGCAGGUGUGUGCACAGGUGUGUGACAUGCAUGUGAGUGUAUGUUUUCACCUUGUCUGAAUCACUGGAAUCAGUCAAAAGACGACCUCAGUCUGGUAACACACAUCUGUGAUGUUUGAAAAUCUACAAUAAAUGUCCUCUCCUUGUACAGCAAAAACACCGGC